CUCGUAGUUGAACUCAUUCAUUUAUUCAUCGACUUUCGUUCAGAUUUGUCGUGCUCUUAAACGCUAACAAAAUGUCUAGAAUGGGUUUUGCUAUCGAUUACAGUGAGUUUAUCAGUGUGAGGGCGGGAAGAAGGAGACCGGCUCUAACAAGAGAAUUGACCAAACGUCAAUAUGGUGCUCCCAAAGAAAGCAUCUCUCUCGCCGAGGGCAUGCCCAACGAGGUGACCUUCCCUUUCCAAGCGAUCAAUAUUCUCAUGAAGGACGGAUCAUCGAUGACUCUCCAAGGAUCACAAUUACAUUCUGCUCUACAAUACAUUCCUACCCAAGGCUACCCACCACUGUUGAAGAAAAUCAAGGAGUUCACUCAGCAGAUCCACAGUCCACCCAAUUGGCAGGACCGGGAAGUGAUUAUGACCAACGGCUCUCAGGAAGGCAUUAGUAAGACGUUGGAAAUGGUCGUGGAGGAAGGAGAUCCUGUCUUGGUGCAGAAUCCUUUGUAUGCCGGUACAGAAAUUAUUUUGAAACCAUUCAAACCUAACCUGAUUGGCAUCGAACAAGACGAACUGGGCAUCAUUCCCAGUAAACUAAUCAAGGCACUGGAAAGUUGUAAGGCCUACACAGAAGAAGGCGGAGGGAGAAUGCCAAAAGUCAUCUAUUUAAACCCGACAGGGUCAAAUCCCACCGGAGUAACAAUGUCCCUGGAACGUCGUCGGGAAGUUUACGACAUCUGUUGCAAGUACAACAUUCUCAUCUUGGAGGAUGACGCGUAUUACUUCUUGCAUUUCCUGGAGGAGCAGCCGGUCUCGUUCUUGUCUCUGGAUGUGGAGGGUCGAGUGAUCAGGUUCGAUUCCAUGUCCAAGGUGUUGUCUUCAGGAUUGAGGUUGGCCUGGUUAACUGGACCUAAGCAGCUCGUGCAUAAUGUGGAGCUUCACAUUCAGAGUGCCAUAUUACAUUCCAGUACUUUGUCACAGGUGAUGCUCGACAACCUAAUCGAACUAUGGGGCUUCAACGGUCUCUUGUCCCACUUCAACUACGUUCGUAGAUAUUACCAAGCCAGAAGGGACUUUACCGUUGCCUCCAUGGACAAACACCUUAAAGGAAUCUGCGAGUGGAGCGUACCAACUGGAGGGAUGUUCGUCUGGAUCAAAGUGCGUGGAGUAGCAGACGUCUACGAUAUGCUGAUGACCAGAGGUUUAAAAAAGAACAUAACCUUCGUGCCAGGACAUGCUUUCAUGGCUGAUCCUACUGAGGCUUGCCAGUACAUAAGGGCGUCGUUCAGUAAGGCUUCUUUGAAGCAGAUUGAUAAAGCUAUGCAGCUGCUAGGAGAAUUGAUCAGGGAGGAGCAUUUGUUGUUACGCAGGAAAUUGGAUGGGUUAGAAAAUAACAUCCUUAGAUAGUAACAUUUUAUUUAUUUUGACUUGAAACUACUCGUAAUAAGUUGGAACGUUGGUCGUUUCCAACACACACUGGGGAAUAUUUUAUUUACAUAUGGUUUAUAGGUCACCACAAGUAUAUUAUGUGUAUGAUGAUGUUGAGGCAAUUUAAGAGGUCGAUUUGAGAUGGUAUAUUAAAAUGGCUGAUUACUUAAUAUUUAUUAUUGCAAUAGAUCAUGUUUGUAAAUACUUUUCACCGAUAGAAUUUUGUAUGUUAAAAACAGAACCGAAUGUUUUUUGUAAAACUCCUGACGGGCCUUUACGAGGCUCGAUACUGAUUUAUAUAAAUAAAAUGGCAAGUUUUUUAAA